CACUUAUAUAUAUAUACACUACUUGUUCAUUUCAUUGACAAGCUAAGUUUUGAGUACAUUUAACCAUGAAAGACUCAAUGCAAGUAAAUAUUUUGUCCAAAACCCUCAUUAAACCAUCAUUACCAACACCAAAACACCUUAAAUAUCACAAGUUAUCUUUCUUUGAUCAAGUUGCGGAUGUAGCACACUUACCUCUUGUUCUUUUCUAUCCUCAUUGUAAGAAUAACUCGAAACAUGAAGAGCUUGAAGAAUCCUUAUCGAGGAUUUUAUCACAUAUUUACCCUUUAGCUGGUCGAUUUGCUGAAGAUGAUGAAUCAUUAAUUCUUUGUCUUGAUCAAGGUGUUACUUAUAUCAAAGCAAAGGUCAAUUGUACCCUUGAUGAUUUACUUCAACACACAAAAAAAGACCUUGAUCUAGCCUUGUCAUUUUGGCCUCAAGGUACUAUGGAUGUUGAUGACUCUAAUUUAUUCGUCACGCCACUUAUGGUUGUGCAAGUCACAACAUUUGAAUGUGGUGGUCUAGCCCUAGCUAUUAGCAUUGCACAUCCUGUUAUGGAUGGAUGCACCACAUUCAAAAUCCUUUAUGAAUGGACCAAAGUGUGCAAAUUUGGUACUCCUUCUAACGAAAUCAACUUCAUGAAUUUCAAUUUAGCUACUCUUUUCCCUUACAAACACGAUUUAUCAACCCUUCUUGAGCCUCCGGUUGAUGAAGGCAAACGUAAAGACUCUAAGUUAAUUGCCAGAAAGUUUGUUUUUGAGAAAGAUGCAAUAUCGAGGCUCAGAGAGAAAUUUGAUUCAAUAAGUGAAAGUUUAGGUUUUAAACCUUCUCGAGUUGAGAUGAUUACAGCACUUUUAUGGAGGUCACUUAUCCGUUCCACAAAUAGUUCAAAUUUGAAACGUUCUGUAAUGUCAUUUCCACUUAACUUGCGCGGUAAGGUAGCAGAUUUUCCUGAAAUUACAGACUCUUUUGGGAAUCUUAUUAUUGAAGUUCCUAUAAAAUUUGAACACGAUGAUGAAACAAAGAUUGAGUCGUUGCAUCAGAUUGUAAAACUCAUAAAAGAGUCUGUUAAAGUGAUUAACAAUAAAUGCGUCAAAGCUACUCCAGAUGAAAUAAUUUCUUUGGUUAUCGACUUAUACAAGGAUAGUUACUCUGGAUUAGAAUGGGGAGGAGACGAUGAAGUUAUGAAUUUUACGAGCUCAAGUUUAUCUAGGUUCCCCAUACAAAAAACAGAUUUUGGUUGGGGAAAACCUAGUUUAAUGCAUUUUGGGUCAAGACAUAAUCAAGUUUUGUGGUUAUAUGAUACUGAAUGUGAGACUGGAAUUGUUGUGCAAAUGGAUUUGGAGAAAAAACACAUGGAUAAACUUGUGUGUGACCAAGAUAUCAUCGAUUUUGCAAAAUUUUAGGGGUUUAAUUUCAACCUACUUUCAUUUAAAUUUUACUCCAUUUGUUUUAAUUUACCUACCUACCAUGUGUUGUCCUUUUGGUUUGUUUUUUUUUAUAUGAAUGUCAUUUUCUAUGACCAUGCUUUGAUUAUGACUCUACUGGUAGUUUUUUAAAGACUUACCAAAUAAAAUAAAUAAUGUAAUAUGUCAA